UGAGCUGGCGGAUGACGGAGGGUGAAAACAUGGUGUCUUUCAUAGGACUGUAGUAUGGCGUUCAGUCAGAUCGCGGUACCGUUCACACUGCACUUUCUGUGUAACCUACUUGGCCUAAUCAGGAAUCUUGAAAUCUUUUUUUUUACACACUACAUGACUGCCUAACAAAAAAUAGUAGGCCCCCUCCGCAUGAUAAGACUGGGUUCAUUGAGAGAGCUACUGCGGAUGACAACAGAGCCUGUGUCUGCUCUCAUUGGCUGUAGCUCGGUGCAUGGCUCCCCAACACGACCAGCCUGUUUGAUCUCUUUCGGGCAUCGGCGAACUCUUGGAUCGCGUCUUUAAACAGCAACACAUUGCGAUUACUCUGAUUUGGGGGCUUUUGUCGGACAUCUCCAGAAAUUGUCGGCAUGAGGAAAAACCAGGGCUACUGGGUUUCCAUCCUGUAGUGUGUGAACUCGGCACAUAAUCCCCGUGUACUGCAAUGCUUGUAUUGUUGAUCGUCAACCUGGAGGGGGAAAGAGCCAGUGGAGGCAGUUACCCAACACUCCCUCAGCCGCUGUUUACAGGCAUGGGUCAUACAUGUAUUCACUGGUUCCGCAAGGGACUCAGGCUGCAUGAUAACCCAGCACUCAUGGCUGCUCUGAGGGACUGUAGGGAGCUCUACCCUGUGUUCAUCCUGGACCCUUACCUCCACAACAACACUUGUAUGGGUAUCAACCGCUGGAGGUUUCUCAUCGGGGCACUCAAAGACCUCGACUGCAGCCUCAGGAAACACAACUCCAGGCUGUUUGUUGUGAGAGGGAAGCCAGAGGAUGUGUUGCUCAAGCUGUUCAGCAAGUGGAAAGUAACAAAGUUGACCUAUGAGUACGACACCGAGCCUUACAGCCUGAGCCGGGACAAAACAGUGACCGCACUGGCCAAAGAACACGGACUCGAAGUCAUCUACAAAAUCUCACACACUCUUUAUGAUAUAGACAGGAUAAUUGAAGAAAACAAUGGGAAGCCUCCCAUAACUUAUAACCGUAUGCAGGCAAUAGUGAAGACCCUUGGUCCACCUAAGAGACCUAUCCCUGCUCUCACCAUGGAAGAUAUGAAAGAUGUGAAGACCCCUUGUUCUGAAAACCAUGAGAAGGAAUAUGGGAUCCCUACACUGGAGGAGCUCAGCCAGAGCACUGCAGCUCUCCGAGAGGAGCAGUUCCCAGGAGGAGAACAGGAGGCUCUAAGGAGACUAGAUGAACAUAUGAAAAGAACGGAAUGGGUGUGUAGCUUUGAAAAGCCACAGACUUCUCCAAACUCUUUGAGCCCCAGCACCACCGUUCUCAGUCCAUAUGUCACUUUUGGCUGCCUGUCUGCACGCACCUUCUGGUGGAGGCUGACAGACGUCUAUCAUGGGAAGAAGCACUCAGCUCCUCCAGUUUCCUUGCAUGGUCAGCUAUUGUGGAGAGAGUUCUUCUACACGGCUAGCGUGGGUAUCCCUAACUUUAACAAGAUGGAGGGCAACCCUGUAUGUACACAGGUGGAUUGGGACACGAACCUCGAACAUCUGGCUGCAUGGACAGAGGCUCGGACUGGUUUCCCCUUCAUUGAUGCCAUUAUGACUCAGCUGAGGCAGGAGGGCUGGAUCCACCACCUGGCCAGACAUGCUGUUGCUUGUUUCCUCACCAGGGGAGACCUAUGGAUCAGCUGGGAAGAAGGACAGAAGGUAUUUGAGAAGCUUUUAUUGGAUGGCGACUGGGCUCUGAAUGCUGGAAACUGGCAGUGGCUCUCAGCAAGUACCUUCUUUCACCAGUUCUUCAGGGUCUAUUCCCCUGUCGCAUUUGGCAAGAAGACAGACAAGAAUGGAGACUACAUCAAAAAGUACCUUCCUCUUCUAAAGAAGUUCCCAGCGGCAUAUAUCUAUGAGCCUUGGAAAGCUCCACGCAAUAUCCAGCAGGAAGCAGGAUGCAUUGUGGGUAAAGACUACCCACAUCCUAUUGCACAGCAUGAAGUGAUCAGCAAGAAGAACAUCCAGAGGAUGAAGUUAGCUUAUGCCAAGAGAUCUGCAGAUCCAGCUGAAUCACCCAGAAAAAAACAAGGUGUAAAGCGCAAGACCCCAUCUGUCGUUGACAUGUUGAAGAAGAAACAGAGAAGAAAGUAAUGUUUGCACAAAUUAAUGCCAUACACUAUGACAACAUAAAUUAACUGACUUUAUGGGUUUUGGUGUCUGGACUGGAAGCUAAAGUACUCAGUCCACUAUAUCUUCUUUUUUUAUUGCACCAUUUAUUGGUAACAGUUUAUAUUUUAAGUACUGUUUUAUCUUUACUUUUUAUAUUGUAUCUAUUUCAGUAUUUAAAAGUGUAAAGUAGGUCAGAAGUAUACUUGAAGAAUGUUUCUUGCAUGGAGAUUAAGUUAAAGUUCAUAAAGAUUGAUGGUCUCAUCUGGUUUGAAUGCUUCAGUUUAUAUUUAAGACAGGAUGUGUGUGCUUCACAAAUUGGCCUUAUUCUUGUUUAACAGUAAUAAUGGCCUUACUGUUACACCCUAGAUAUAUUUAAAGUUUAAUAUUUACUCUGCAUUGUACGACUACUCAGGUGUUUAUAUUCAAUUCAGUUAAAAAACAUACAUACAAAAUAUGUUCCAGGUCUUCACAAAUGAGUUGAUGUUUUCAAUGCCCAUUUUAUCAGCUAUAGUUUCUGUGUCCAUGCUGUGAUCUCUAAUUUCAGUGGUGUUUUAUGGUAAAACAGCAACAUGAAAAUGUGUGCAGUAAAUGGCCAAAUUCAACCCAA